AUGGUUUCCGCACAUGGGCGCCGGUGCAACCUCUUCUUUGACCUGGAGUAUCUGAAGGGCCCCAAUCCCGGACUUUCGGCAGACACUCUUGUGGACACGCUCCUCUCGGUGACCGAGGACGUGUGCAGGUCGACGUUCGGAACGGGAAUCUGGAGAGAAAAGAUAGUCGAACUUGAUGCGUCGUACGCAAGAAAGUUUAGCCGACACCUCAUUAUUCACAUAUACGGAAGGUGCUUUGCAAAUGUUCACGAAGAUAUGAGGUACUUCGUCGAGAAGAUCUCGUCGGAGAUUUAUCGGCGGGCCGAAUCAGGUGACGAAGCUGCGAAGACGCUCAUCGUCAAUCAGGGCUCCGGGCUGGGGCAAACCCUCAUCAUAGACCAAGGCGUCUAUACAAAAACACGACACCUAAGGACGAUCUUCUCCACGAAGCAACAGGGUCCCGGCAUCCCAUUCACUCCCACGUGCAGGCUCUUCAAGGAACAGAACAUAACGCAGCAGAUCACCUGGUCUUUUGCCUCUCUGGUGUCCGUCUCUAGUACGCCGCUUCCAUCUCUACACCGGCGGGCUCGCGUUUCCUCACGCAUCAUCGUAAACGAGGGCUUUCUUUCCUACUCAUUCAAGGGAACGAAGUUCUGCGCCAACGUAAACCGACACCACACGCAAAAUAACAUGUACAUCGUGGUGGACCUUCAGCACGGGUCCUACUACCAGAAGUGCCACGACGAUGUAUGCCAAGCAAUGAAUUACAAGUUCCCCUACACGAAGCUGCCAGAAGGUUUGCUAAAUGAAGCGAGGGCGGCUGUACUUGAAGCGACUGCGCCGAAAUUUACCAAGAAAGGUCGAGCCUGGGGAGAGCUCGAAGACAUCAAUCCGGACUUCGUCGACGAGGCUCUGAAGGUCCUGGAAAAGGCCGAAGAACCCCUCAGAAAAAAAGAAAAAGAAGAAUCGGCUACAGAAAGCCAGAUGAAACUCCCCGCUCUCUCGAAGCUAGAGGUCCAGAAGUCGGCUUCUUUCAACCCCGUCAGCUGGAUGCCAAAGACUCCAGAGGAGCUCGGCUUUCCCUCGCGACUGCCAAGCACCAGCACUUCACCGGCAGAAGACCAAGGGCUGUCGAUUGCUAUUCCGACCGACGGGAAACGUGAAAAGAGCGACACUGAGCGGGACGAAGAGGAGCCCUUGGGGCAGGGGGGCGAGAUGGAACCCUUCGGCGAAGAGCCCUCGCAGUGGGGGGGCGACACACAACCGGUCGAGCAGCCCGGGGCCGCUGAGGAGACGCCCGGGGAAGGCGCAGCGGGCGGGAAGGGCGACGCGAAGUAG